AUGUACAAUACCAACACCGAUAUCUGGCUGUCCGGCGCCUUCGCCGUCCUAAUCGUCGACUUCCUCGUCUACCCCAUCGACACGCUCAAAACGCGCAUCCAAUCCCCAACCUACAACCAAAUAUACAAAGACGCUACGACGAGGUCAAUCAACCGUAAACUCCUCUUCAGGGGUCUCUACCAAGGUGUAGGGAGCGUCAUUCUCGCUACUUUACCUGCUUCAGGAGCAUUCUUCACCACCUACGAAAGCCUAAAACACACCCUCACCACUACACAACAAUCUCCCCUUCCAACACCAAUAAUCCAUUCUCUCUCCUCCUGCGUCGCUGAAUCCGUCUCAUGCUUUAUUUUGACUCCGGCGGAGGUAAUUAAGCAGAAUGCGCAGGUAUAUACUAAUACCAAUACCAAUGACCCAAAGAAAACUCCAUCAAAAACAAAUAUAACCCUCCUCACGCUACGCAAGUUCCGCCACAGGCCAUUAUCCCUCUGGAGUGGAUAUACCGCGCUCCUGGGCCGGAAUCUGCCCUUUACGGGGUUGAAUUUUCCUCUCUUUGAGUAUCUUAGGGGGUUGGGGGCGGGGUAUUUGCUUCGGUGUCGGAAGGGGGAUGGAGGAGAUGGGAAAGUGGGAGGGGAUGUGUUGGGACAGUUUGGGAAUGUGCAGAGGGCUUUUAUUACGGGGGUUUCUGCUGCCAUUGCUGGGACGGUUUCGUCUGUUGUGACGACGCCGGUGGAUGUGGUCAAGACGAGGAUGAUGUUGGGGGCUGGGAGUACUGCUAGCAGUAAUAUUGAUGGUAGUGGGGAAGAGAGGGGAGAAAGGAGGAGGUGGGGGGCGUGGGAAGUGGGAAAGAAGGUGUAUAGAGAGGAAGGGGUCAGGGGAUUGUUCAAGGGAGGGGCGAUACGGUCUGUGUGGACCGCGGUUUCGUUUGGGGUGUAUCUUUGUGUGUAUGAAGGUGGGAGAGGGUUUUUGGAGAAUAGACGGAGGGAGAGGGAAAUGGCAUCGUCAUCUUAA